GUCCUUGGCUCUGUGUCAGCACUGCUCAGCAGCAUCUAAGCCAGCAGUGUGUUAUCAGCACCAUUCUCAUCCUAAAACCAAAGCCCCACACCAGCUACGGUGAUGAAAAGCAACUCGAUCCCAGCCAAAACCAGGACAAGCCAGUGUCUGCUCCUGCGGGAGCCCCUCUGCACUGAGGGCUGCAGAGCCUGCGCCUCACCUCUCAGCACCCAAGGGCCUGGGACCCACACACGCAUGCACUAGAGCAUGGGAAACUGAUACAAGGUGAUUUCCUGUUGGUUUCCCUGCAGCCUUUUGCAACAGCCCAGCAGCAACUGGGUGGUCAUGGGGGGCUGGCACACAAACUGUCUGGGGGUUGCUAUAAAAAGGCAGAGCAGCCAGCUCCACGCACCCUGCAGCAGCGCCGAGCCGUGGGUCCUGCAUGCAACAGAGCAGAGCCUUCUCCGACCCUGCGCUCUCCCCCUAGCAGACACCCGUGCCCUGUACUGCUGCACUCAGCGGCUGAGCUCAGCCGGUUGCAGAGGACCGGGUCCUGCGCUGCCUGGGGCAUCCCCGCUCGUGACUGGACCCCCGGAGCUUCCUGCACAUGGAGCAGCUCGCCCUGGGCUGGGUGCUGCUGGCCGGCACCUUGGCUGGCACCUUGGCCGCCAGCAGCACCCGUGAACAAGAACCCGGCCGCAUCAGGGAGGAGGCGAUGGACAUGGCCCAGAACUCCUUCGAUGACCGGUACCAGGACUGCAGAUGCGAGAUGGAAGAGGAGCUUAAAAUGGUGAACCGCACUGAAUUCAAAAACCCGCUCUAUGCAAACACCUGGAGAAAGGCAAAUGAGAAGUUGCGGAACUCCAACCACCCGCAGGUGCUGCGGUGGGAGUACGCGGUGGCCGUGAUGGCGUACACUUACCCUACACGUCUGUACCGCAAGUUCAACGAGGCCGUGUGUGAGGGUGGGCGCUCCCGCGAUUACUACCUCCAAUCUUUCCACUUCAAGACGCUGCAUUUCCUCCUGACCGAGGCCCUGCACACUCUGCGGAAUGCCCAGGGCCGCAGAUGCUACAACGUCUACCGUGGUGUCAGGGACAUCCGCUUUAUGGCCCAGAUCAACCAGACUGUCCGAUUCGGCCGGUUUGCCUCUGCCUCCCUCAAGAAGAAUGCUACCAAGAGAUUUGGCCAGGACACCUUAUUUUUUGUGUACACCUGCUACGGUGUCCCCAUCUGGAACUUCUCCUUCUACCCUGAGGAGGAAGAAGUCCUCAUCCCACCCUAUGAGGUCUUCAAGGUCACCAAAUUCACCCGUGACAGAGACAGAAACAUCAUCCGUCUCCGCUCCCAUAGUGUGCACAGCAACUACAACUGUGCACUGGUGAAUGGUAAGGGCAGGGAGCAGGGUGGGUACCAUCAGGAGAUGGGCACAGCCCUGGGCAGGCGCCGCCGUGCUCCCCACGCUCCUCCAGCCAUGGCUGCAGAGGAACGGGGGCCCCGUGCCACCGGCUCUGUGAGGGGAAGGGGAGCCUCGUGGUGAAGGCAACACCUCCGUGUGGGGAGCUCGGGGAGCCUGGGGAGCUUGGGGAACUUGAAGAGCCUGGGGAGCCUGGGGAGCUUGAAAUAACGUGGAGCUGCUGUGUGGAGGCAUGGGGGUGUGUAGAGAAGGAGGAGCAGGAGGACCUGCUGAGGGGUUAGGUUUGGGGUAUAAAAAAGCAGGGCCGGUCAGUGUUUGUGUGUCCUAUCGUCGCAUUUCUCUCAUUAAAGCUUUUCUCUUUGCA